UUUCCCACAGGGGCAGGGCUACACGGCUUUCCUUCUACAACGCGAGGAAAUGGACUUGUGUCUCGGGCAUCGAUUUUUCUCUCAGCAUUAUGGGAAGGAGGCGGCAGCAGCGUUCGAGGGCUAAGAGGCCCGGUGGUCGAUACAGAUUCUCAUCACAAACACCGGAUGCUGCUCUGUACUCCGAUCGGCUCUGCUGCAACAGUGCCGGCGCCGAUUGUCAUGGGGUGUCUCUAUUAAUUGGGUAGUUAUCAAGCGAGGUAAGACUGAUUCUGAGGAAUAAGUGAUUUUUUAUCAGGGAUUUACAGUAGGCUUUUGAAUAAUGCAGUGCAGGAAAUUGCAGCAGGAUAUGUUCUGUAGUGGUCAUAAAAGCACUUUAGUCGGAGUGGCAGACUGACAGACGGAGCAGCAGUAAUGGAAGAGAAGGAGCAACAGUGGGCACAGAUAAUGCUUUAAUGUAAAGUAAGUAUCAAAGUUGCAUCCAAUAAACAUCACACAUUGCUAAAUUGGCCACUUGGCUCACUUGUUGCAAUGAAUUAUGGGCCGUUAGUGGCCGACUCCUGUCAGUGUGUAGACGACUUCUAAAUCAAACUCAGUGAAUUAUUACUCACAUGAUAGUUCACCUCUCUCCCUCCUGUUGAAGAGGUAAUCGUUAGCAAACGCUGCAGGCAGAAGGUAAUUAGGAUGAGCAGAAGAAAACAUCAACAACCAUCACCGACCAACCCAUCAGGGGACGGGGAUGGGGGGGCAGUGAGAGGCCAACAAUAUCUUAUAUGUGUUGGCCUCUCAUAUGUCUCAACUCCCAUAAUGCUUUAUGGUUCUUUUUUCCUUUGAAUGACAUCAGCAUACGUACACUGAGAUUUGAAACCUCACAGUCCCUCAAGGAAACUUGAAACCAGUUGAUGAGACCCCCAGCGUUUAAUAGCAGAUUUCUGUAAAUUCAGAAUAAAUAUAAACCGUCUCAGCACUGCCUCCAUAUCGAUAUAGAGUGUGUGUUACAUUUCUGCCCUGCUCUCCUCAACCACAGCAGGAGGCACCUUCGUGUAUGAAGGAAUGUGGCAGAGUGAUGUAAAAGACAGGAUCUUCCCUUAAACACACACAAACUCAUGCACUGCCAAGUUGUUUCCCAUCGUUUUCCGUCCAAUGUCCAUCGGCUCCGUCGAAAAGCUCUACUCUUUCAAACCGCUGAACAACUCAGACCAGAACUCAUGUUGAAAUGAAAGUCCAAAUCCGCUCAGUGAUUGUCUACAUCUUCUGGUCGACUCUCCUCGGUCGUCUUAGAUGUUUGGGCGGUGCAUCGUCUCCAAACGACACAGAGGAGGUGAAAGGACCAGGGCCUCCUCACCUGAUCUUCAUCAUGGUGGACGACCAGGGCUACGGAGACGUUGGUUACCACGGCUCAGACGUCCACACUCCUGUGUUGGACCGUCUGGCAGCAGAGGGCGUCAAACUGGAAAACUACUACGUGCAGCCCAUCUGCUCGCCCUCUCGAAGUCAACUCAUGACGGGACGCUACCAAAUUCACACUGGACUCCAGCAUUCAAUCAUCCGACCACGUCAGCCCCUCUGUCUGCCCCCACACUUCCCCACGCUGUCAGAGCGCCUGCUGGAGGCCGGAUACGCCACGCACAUGGUGGGCAAGUGGCACCUGGGCUUCUGCCGGCCCAGCUGCCUCCCCACAGGACGUGGCUUUCAGACUUUCCUGGGCACGCUCACUGGCAGCGGCGACCACUUUACCUAUCAGAGCUGCGACGGUGCGGAAGCUUGUGGGUUUGACCUGCACGACGGAGACAAACCUGCCUGGGUGAUGAGAGGCAACUACUCCACCCUGCUGUACACAGAGAGGGUGAAGCAGAUCCUGAGGAGCCACGACCCCCAGAAGCCCCUCUUCCUCUUCCUGUCUCUUCAGGCUGCACAUACACCACUGCAGGUACCAGACAGUUUUCUGCACCAUUAUGACUCACAGGACAACCAGCUGAGGCGACACUAUGCAGCCAUGCUGAGUUGUUUGGACGGGGCUGUGGGAGAAGUAGUCGAACACCUGAAGACUGGGGGGUUUUAUCAAAACUCAGUCAUCGUUUAUUCAUCAGAUAAUGGGGGGCAGCCGCUCUCUGGGGGCAGCAACUGGCCACUGAGGGGUGGUAAAGGAACCUACUGGGAGGGAGGCAUCCGUGCUGUGGGUUUUGUCCACAGUCCUCUGCUGGUCAACAAGGGCGUGGUCAGCACCGCUCUGAUCCAUGUUUCUGACUGGUACCCCACUUUACUGGGACUGGCUGGUGCCCCGAAGUCCAACCACGAUCUUGACGGUUACAAUGUUUGGAAAACAAUCAGCCAGGGUGUCCCCAGUCCUCGGACUGAGAUUCUUCUCAACAUCGAUCCGGUCUCUAGGAAGCAUGGAGAGCCUUACGACAAAUCAAUGGUCCUCAACGGGUUUGGGAUCUGGGACACGGCGGUGAGGGCCGCAAUACGGGUCGGAGACUGGAAGUUGAUGACGGGAAGUGUAGGAGAUGGGGACUGGAUACCACCACGGGCUCUUCCCGUUGGUCCAGAUCGAUGGAAGAAGUUGGAGCGGCGGCGCAGCGAGUUGGGGAAGUCAGUUUGGCUCUUCAACAUCAGCGCUGACCCCUAUGAGAGGUCAGAUCUGGCGGACUCUCAUCCACAGAUCGUGAAACAGCUGCUGACCAGGCUGGCCAAGUACAACCAGACAGCUGUGGUGGCCAAAAGUCCUCCAGAUGACCCCAUGGCUGACCCUGAGCUCCAUGGAGGGGUGUGGAGCCCCUGGCUGGGUCUGGAGGGAGAGCAGUGGGGUAAUGAGGGGCAGGGAGGCAGGAAAGACAGGAUGAAGAAGCCCUGCAAAUUAUGCAAAUUAAAAGCCCUCUUCAAAAAGGUGGGCUCACGACUAGAGAGAAACAACCUGUUUGCAUAAAUAAAUAAAAAGAGAGAGGGACGUCGUCCACGGUCAGUUAGAAAAAUCUUGACUACGUGAUCUUUAAAGGAAGUCUGUGAUUCCAGAAAUUUAAAAUGCUACUCAAUAUACAAUAUCUUGCUGUACUUUAAUUGGCUCUUAGCUGUUUUGUAGCUAACACAAAAUUAAAUCAUUAACCCGCUUUUUUUCUUCAAAUAAUCAGCCAAAGUAUAAUCAUUUUCAGACUAACACCUGCAUUAAAAAAAUAAAUAUACUGUAUAUUAUUUCAUGUAAAAGCUGUCGUUCUUAAAUAGAACUGUUUUUGGUCCGUCUACCUAACAAAAGUUUAAAGCGUGUAUUACAGAAUUAAAAAUACUACUUUUAUACAUAAAGUACUUUUUUCUAGAUACUACAUAUCUGGUCAACAAGGAAGGUCAGACAGAGGACAAAGAGUCAUGACAGGCCAGGCUGCAGGGACUUACAGUCGCACGCAACAUGAACCGCGGGUUGUUGACGUACAACACGACCUUACGACACGGUUGUGGAACGACAUCAACAUUUUUUUUCCGCAGGGUAACUUUAUAAGACGACACACGCUGAGGGCAGUUGUCUUGGUCAAAUGUCACCUUGUUGUUGUGUUCUCCGAGGCUGUGCCGACUUUACGUCUGUCACAGUGAGGCUAAUCCAAGAGACCUCUGACCACAGUCACAUCAUGUCGUGUUCCAAGCUCUAAUCAGGUCUUUGCUGACCUUUUAGUUUGACUGAACUUAUUUGCUGUGUAAUGAAGUUCAGUGGAUUUGGAGAAAAUGGAAAAUAAAUGCAGAAACAAAUCCAACUACCCAUGACGUGGAGGUAAUCUUUUUGUAGCAGGCUAACACUAACACGAAAUUGACAUUGAAUCUUACUCUUCAGUCUUUUCUAUGUGGAACCUGAGAGAAAACCUUAGUUUUUAGUUUUUAGGGACAUAUAAUGCGAAAGUGAAUGUGUGUGAGCUCCGAAGAAUUGCAGACACAGAGUUUACAAACGAUGGCUGGCACUGAAUAUCAGGGAGAAAGCUGAGCCGUGAGCUGCAGGACUAACUAAUAGAACAUAAUUUGUCGGAGCACACGGCUGGUUAUGCUGCAGUUUUUAGCCUCACGCUGGCUGAUUAGCUGAGAUGUAUCUGCCUGCUGGUGAGGCCUGACUGGAAUGAAUCAGAGCUGGUUCGGCUCGGUCUCACUCAGCAUGUUCUCCAGUAAACAGCUUCGGACUGUGCAGUGGAGAUGUGCUGUAGAGGUCACUGUGGAUGAGCGUGUCAGCAGAGAGGCCGGGAACAACGACAUUCAGAUGUUCGGUGUUUAUAUACAGUGGCAGUAUUUUUUAAAUUAAGAAUACUUUAUUGAUCCCCCAGGGGGCGUGGUGGGGAGGGUCACAGCUGCUCCUGCAACGACAAGGACAUUUAAAAAAGAGUGAGAAAUUGAAAGAAUCUUUCUUUUUCUUUCGGCUCUGUCCCUUUUUUUCAGGAGUUGCUACAGCAAAUCAUUGAUUUCCAGCUC